CAGACAUAUGGGCCCCAUCAUCAUCACUCUCUCCACCACCUCUCCAACCUACCCCUCCCUUCCUUCCCUCUUUGCUCUGCUUUUGCCUUUGCAUUCUUCCCCUUCUUCCUUUGUGGUCCAUCUAUUAUACACAACUCUCAAACAAACAAACAAACAAACAAACUCCCACAACUCUCAAACUCCCAAUCUUUUCUCUCUCAAACCCACAAUUUCUUCAACCUUAAUUUCUUUGACCUCUUCAAAAUCUUCAACCUUUUCUCCUGUCUCUUUCUUGAUCAAUUCAUGGAAGGCACACUUGGGCUACUCGGUGGUGGUGGUGGUGGGUCUUCCGGGGGCUCAUCAAAUGAGUCAGCAAUGUCAAAGGUGGAGGUGGUGGAGCAAGACUAUGUGGGGAUGUCAUCUGAGGUAACCUCAUACCCAGCUGAGGCAGAGCUUGAGCUGGGCCUGAGCCUUGGUGGUGGUGGAGGUGGUGGUGCAGGGAAGCAGCCAAAGCCAUGUGCAUGGGGUGAGCGUGGUAGAAUCUUGACUGCUAAAGACUUCCCUUCCAUGGUGGGCUCUGCAGUUCCUUCUUCUAGGUUCUCUCACAGACCCAAUGCUUCUUCUGCUGUUGCUGUUUCUGGGACUAAGAGAGCUGCUGACUCUGUUUCUCAAGAGGGUGGCUCUCCCACUGCUGUAAGUCAAGUUGUGGGAUGGCCACCUAUUAGUGCUGCAAGGUUGAAUAGCUUGGUUAACCAAGCAAAGACUGCAAGGGCUGAAGAUGACAAGGAAGAUGGGGAAAAAUCUAAGGACACUUCUAAGAAGAAGAUUAACAUGGGUAAUAAGACAAGUGCUAAAGAGAAAGGGCGUCUCGGAUUUGUGAAGGUGAACAUGGAUGGAAUUCCUAUAGGGAGGAAAGUGGAUAUGAAUGCUCACUCUUGCUAUGAGACAUUAGCUCAAACACUGGAGGACAUGUUUUUCAGCCCCACUACAGCUAUUGGUGGAGACAAGGAACAAGCAACAAAACCCUCUAAGCUUCUGGAUGGAUCCUCUGAGUUUGUACUCACUUAUGAAGAUAAAGAAGGAGAUUGGAUGCUUGUAGGAGAUGUUCCUUGGGGGAUGUUCAUCAGCUCAGUGAAAAGGCUUCGUAUCAUGAGGACCUCUGAGGCUAAUGGACUUGCUCCAAGAUUUCAAGAAAGCAGUGAGAGACAAAGAAACAAACCUAUCUAGAAUAGGUGCUGCUGCCCGAUUAUUUUUAAGUCUGGUAAGAUGAAGGAAACCUACAGUUUGACAACAGAAGGAAGUAGAAAUUUGAUGAGACAGAGUGUGAAGAUCGGCUUCCACUGGGCUUUGCUUGCUUUUCUUUCAAAACCAUUCUCUGGUUCUUGCUGGUUUUUUUUUUUUUUUUUUUUUUUCUUCUGGUAGGCCAUAUUGUUUUUUAGGUUUUACAGCCUCUUACAUAGUGCUAGCAUACAGGCCUGCAUACUCGGCUACAUAUGCUGCUUUCUCAUACUGUAAAUAUGGGAGCACUUCAUAUCUAGAGUGUUGAGUUUGCUUCAAUCUAGUGGACUCGUUUUUCUUGGUGAUAGAAGAAAAGCUUGUAUGGUUUUUGUUAUUUAUUAAUUAUUUUGGUUGUGUU